UGAUCACAAGACACUGUACCAAUCUCUUCUCAAAAGCCACCUCCCUAUACCAGGGAAAAAAAAGAAGAAAAAAGUCCUAGAUCAACCCUUAAAUACCCACCGCUAAAUUUGCCUCUCUUUAAGCCCAUCAUUGCUAAUUCCUUUUAGCGUGUUGUUGCUGUUGCUGUUAUUGUUUUGUUUUGUUUUGUUUGAUCGAACCGGCACGCAGGCUGGUUCGAUCUUUAGGAAGAUAUUGCAUGCCGGAGAUCGAAAGCGUAUCGGAAAAUGCCUUGUUUGGCAAGUAUGAGGUUGGAAAGCUUCUCGGAUGUGGAGCCUUCGCGAAGGUGUACCAUGCUCGAGAUGUUCAAACAGGAAAAAGUGUCGCUAUCAAGAUUAUCAACAAGAAGAAGAUCUCUAACCCUAGCUUGAUGUCCAACAUCAAGCGGGAGAUCUCCAUCAUGAGAAGGCUAAACCAUCCUCAUAUUGUGAAACUGAUCGAAGUCUUGGCUACCAAGACGAAGAUUUAUUUCGUUAUAGAGUAUGUUAAAGGUGGAGAAUUGUUUGCCAAGGUUGCUAAAGGGCGAUUUAGCGAAGAUCUUAGCAGGAAAUAUUUUCACCAGUUGAUUUCUGCGGUAGGUUAUUGCCAUUCUCGAGGAAUUUUUCAUCGUGAUUUGAAACCUGAAAACUUGCUUCUUGAUGAAAAUGGGAGCCUGAAGGUUUCAGAUUUUGGUCUAAGUGCUGUUACAGAUCAGAUCCGAACUGAUGGGCUCUUGCACACGCUUUGUGGAACUCCUGCUUAUGUUGCUCCUGAGAUUCUUGCAAAGAAAGGUUAUGAUGGUGCUAAGGUUGAUGUCUGGUCUUGCGGGGUUGUUCUCUUUGUCUUAACAGCUGGUUUUUUGCCUUUUAAUGAUCCAAACUUGAUGGCCAUGUAUAAAAAAAUUUACAAAGGUGAAUUCCGAUGCCCUAAAUGGAUGUCCACCGAUUUGAAACGAUUCUUGUCUCGGCUUCUUGAUACGAAUCCGGAGACAAGGAUCACCAUUGAUGAGAUUCUGAAGGAUCCUUGGUUCAAGAAAGGGAAGCAUAAGGAAAUUAAUUUCUACGACGAGGAGCUCAACAAGGGUGAUGAGAAAAAGGAUGAGGAAUUAGCUUCUACAAGCUUGAAUGCCUUCGAUAUCAUAUCUUUCUCCUCCGGCUUGAACCUAUCAGGGUUGUUUGAUGAUUCAUAUAACGUGGUUGAUGACGGAGAAAGAUUUGUGUCGACCGAAUCGCCAGAGAAUUUGAUGAAGAAGAUUGAGGAGUUUGCAAAGGAGGAGAGGUUGAGGGUGAAGAGAAGGAAAGAAUGGGGGUUGGAGAUGGAAGGUCAAAAUGGUAACCUGAUGAUAGCGGUCGAGGUUUACCGGUUAACCGAUACUUUGUUUGUUGUGGAGGCUAAGAGGAGUGGUGGUGAUGCUGGAUGCUUUAAGGAGACAUGGAAGAAUAAGCUUAAGCCUGUGAUUAUGGCUACUUAGUAAUUAGGAGUACUUAUUAAUCAACAAUAGAGCCAGGUUUCUGCUAAUUGGAAUUUGGUCAUCUCUUAUUUGCCAGAAAAAAUGAAUUUUUGCCAUAUGUUUGCUGCCUUUCUUUAAUUUUUCCUGAUAAAAAAAAACUAUGAAUGUUGUUAAAUGUAUUGUUUUUGUACUUGUAAUCUCUGUUCUUAAUAAUAAAAGUUUCUUUUUUUUGCCUU